AUGCAGAAAGCCAUCAAGCAGGGACCGGCAACGUUCACAGCCUAUCGGUUCAUUCCCAACGUCGCCUUGUUCAGCGGCCGCAGUGACGGGAAGCUCCUCAAGUGGUCCCACGCGCCCAAGGGAUGCCUUCUUCUGCACGGCGACGUCUUUGGCGACCAUGCAGGCGCGGUCAUGGUGCUCGAGUAUCUCGCGCUCUCUGACACGACCGGGAUUCUCUUUAGCGGCACGCUCCUGAGCGGCAGCCUCGACCGCACGAUCAAGGUCUGGACUCGCGAUAAGGACCGCGUGCUCUUGCGUCACCCGUGGUUCAUGUGCGUGCAAACGCUCUCGACCGGCGGCAGCUGGCCCACGGCCGUGUGCUUGAAGCUCGGCGAUGUCACCUCCAUGUUCCUCGGAGACUCGUCCGGUGGAUUGUCUGUCUAUACCGCGUCGAGUCGGUAUUUGGACCGCCAGGCCGAGGGCGCGAAAGGGCAGCUACAGCUUAAACGGCUCUACUCGCAUUUACAUUCGCUCGGUAUCACAACCGUGCUCGUCAUCUCCGAGCAGAAUCUACUGGUGACCUUGGGUUUUGACGACAAGGCGCAGCUCUGUGACGCGACGUCGGGUGUCGUCGCGGUUACGAUCGACAAUGCACCGCACCACUGUCGGUUCCGAAGCUGCGACUGGGACACGGUGCACCGCGAGCUCUUUUUUGUCGACGACGCUGGCGUCUUGAGCAUUUGGAGCCUCGACAGCGAGACAUGCAUCAAGCGCGAUGUGCUCAGCGUCAAAGCGACUAAUAUCUCGGUGUUUACCGGGUAUGGCACCUCGAGCGGCGGCUACCUCAUGGUGCAAGGCGCGUCAUCCGCGGCCAAGUUUCGAAUCGUGCGUGACGCCACGUACAUCGAGUGCCGAGCGCACACGGACGCCGUCAUUGCGGUCGUUGCAAUCGUCCCAGACGAUAUGUCCUAUGCUCACACAUCGGGGGCGACAGUUUUUUCUGCGUCGCUCGAUAAUUCGCUUCGCUGCUGGGAUCCGUACGACCUGCACGUCUUGUACGGGUUCCAGGAAAAAGCUUCCGAGCUCAGCGCCAUGGCGUACUCGCCCAUGCACCACCGGCUCCUCACUGGCAGCGACGACGGCACGCUCAAGCAAUGGAACGUCGACAACGGCCAUUACUCGGCGGUCUCGCAACACAAAAAUACGAUUAGCUGCAUCACCGUGGCAGCGGUCGAUGGCAUCGAGUAUGUGUUUACGGGCGACUACAAUGGGGUGUUUUGGAUCUGGGAAAUGAUGCCGGGACACGCGCCGCCGCUUCCACACUGCGGAAUUCAGACCAAGGAGCGAUCGACGCCGUGCGAGCUCUACUGCAUGGCUUUCAACCACGGUAUGUACUUGCCCGCCGCGCACGCCGAGUACCUUGCGAUUGGCGACAGCCACGGCGACAUUAUGCUCUAUGGAUUCGACAACCAGGGGCUCCUGAUCACGCUGAGCAACCACCACGAUGCGGUGACGUGCCUCGCUUUUGACGGCAGCUUUCUCUUCUCGGGCUCGGAAGAUGCGAGCAUCAAGAUUUGGAACGUACUGGAUCCUCAUGCUGCGUACGAAGUCGGAUACCUUCACGCGCACGCGUCACCGGUUCGGGACUUGGUCGUUUUGCCGCAAACCGGCUACGUCGUCUCGUGCGCGCACGACGGCAAGGUGCGCGUCUGGAACUACCAGGUCUGCGGCCUCAACGGCGAGUACGCGACGCUUGUCCACGAGUUUCGCUCACCACCGCCGAUUCUUCGACAGACAAUGUAA